AUGAUGGGAGAUGGAGUCCCCCUGCAGACGGAGGGGAAUGCCCUCCUGAAGGCGGUCUUCCAGGGGAAGCUGAGGCUGACCCGCCUGCUGCUGGAGGGAGGGGCCUACAUCAACGAGGGCAACGACCGCGGGGAGACCCCGGUUUCCGCCGCAUGCUUAGCGGCCUACGAGGACCCGGCUGCCCGGCAGAGGAUGGUCCGGUACCUCCUGGAGAAGGGGGCCGACCCCAACAUCCCAGAUAAGAGUGGUCGGACGGCGCUGAUCCACGCCUGCGCCGAGCGUGCUGGCAGGGAGGUGGUCUCGCUGCUGCUGGAGAACGGGGCGGACCCCAGCCUCAAGGACUACUCCGGGUCCUCCGCACUUGUCCAUGCCAUCAACAAGGGGGACCGGGACACUCUGCAGGUCCUGCUGGAUGCCUGUAAGGCCAAAGGGAAGGAAGUAAUCAUCAUCACCUCAGACACGUCUCCAUCCGGGACCAAGAAGACAAAGCAGUACCUGAACGCACCCCCCUCCCCUGCCAUUGUGGACAAGCUGGCUCCAGACUGCAUGUCCCCCUCCGACGUGGAGAUCCGGACCUCAUCACCGCUUGGAGACCAGGAUGGGAUCUUUAGCUUUGCACUGACAUCUGCUUUACCGUUACCCUCAGCCAGACCUCCGGGAGACAAGAGACCUCCCCCCCACAAGCUGCUGAAAAGGUUGAACUCAGAGCCCUGGGGUCUGGUAGCCCCGUCAGUGCUGGUUCCUCCGGGGGAUGUGGGGGACGGGGGUCUGGAGGAAGGGGGCUGCAGUAGGACCAUCGCCCAGAUGAACGGCUUGUCUCUAACAGACACGGUCAGACCUCGAUUGUCACGGCGACACAGCAUUGAGACCCACGACCCCUGUUCCCCAAAACUCAUGGACCGGUCCGUCUCUGAGGACUACGCCCCCCUCUCCGGGGCGUCCUGGGCCGACAAGGUCCAGCAGCACCAGAUCCUGUACCGCAGGAACACGGCCCCUGAGACCCAGGAGAACCCUGGGGGUCCGGGCGGAGCCCGAGCUCUGAUCCACCCCAAACUGACCCGCAUGGAGCACUAUGAGUCCGACACCCACCUCUGCCCAGAGUCCAGUCCCAGUUCUCCAGACUCGGGCCGGGUGUCGGUGGAGCGCCGGAGGUUCAACGCCUCCCCCCUGUCUCUGCUGUCCCCCAGGGAGUCUCUGGAGAACAUCCCAAGCUCCGUGUCCCCCGUCCUGCGCCGCCGGCCCCCGGGGCUCUUGGAGAGGCGGGGUUCUGGGACCCUCCUACUGGAUCACAUAUCCCACACUAGGCCCGGCUUCCUGCCCCCUCUCAACAUCAACCCUCAAAGACCCAUCCCCGACAUCAGGGCCAAUGGUAAACCCACCUCUCCGGUCCAUGCUGGGCACAGGAUCCUGGUCCCUGUGGCCCCCGCCUCCCCCAAACGGGGCCCAGACUUCAAGAUGAAGAAGAAGCUGAUGCGGAGGCACUCGAUGCAAACAGAGCAGAUGAAGCAGCUCUCCACCUUCCAGGAGGUCCUGGCGGAGAAGGUCUUCGAGUCCAGCGGGGAUUGAGUAGGACCAAAGCAUUGUGGGUAGACUGUAAGGGGGGGAGGGUUUACUGUAAACCUGGCCCAUCAUAUCAUCACCAUCUGAACCAUGAGGGGGCCGCACCAACCAGGACGUCCUCUGAGGCUCUCUGUCAGGACUAAAGACAACCAUCCUCUCAGUCAGGACCAAAGACCACCAGACCCUUUCAGUCCAGACCAAAGACUACCAGACCCAUUUAAUCCAGACUAAAGAACACCAGACCCUUUCAGUCCAGAUUAAAGACCACUUGACCCUUUCAGUCCAGAUUAAAGACCUCCAGACACUCUCCAUCCAGACUAAAGACCUCCUGGUCUCUGAGGACCCUCUCCUCUCAUGUUUUUGAUUCCGUUAACACCGUUAAUCUCUCGCAAACUGAAACUUGGUCAAUGUUUACUGAUGCACACUUUGCACUGAGGUCCAUUUCUUUCAGAGGAUGAACCUGAAGCAUUACUGAUUAAGGUGGACUCUGAAGGUGGACUCUGAAGGUGGACUCUGAAGGUGGACUCUGAAGGAAGAUUCUGACAUCAUGUUUAUAAUCCCUGUCCUGCAGGAUGUGGUCUUGUGUGGACCUGCUGCGCUGCACCUCCUGUAACUACACACAAAUAUAAUCGUUGUGUUUCUGUGAGUCUUUAUUUACUGACCAGGUUCUGGAUCUGACCUGGGUUCUUGA